UUUCCCCCUUUUUGCUUCUCAAAGAGGCGAAGGCAGCAGAGAGGCAGGGAUGCGGUGCUGCUCCAUGGGGACAAGGCCACCAUGCACCAUCACUGCGGCCGUACCCUGGGGACGAGGUACCGUGCAACAUGCCGGAGGGCAUGGAUGCGCCCCGUGGGGACAGCACAUCCUUCUGCAGAGGGGACAGUCCCAGUUGCAGCUCUUCCUGGGUUGCAGCCCUACUUUUCAAGCAUGGGGACCAACGUGUCCCGGGUGGAACAAAGCACCUCUUAUACCUGGGAACGAGGAAGCAGGGCUGGCCCUCUUGUCACUGCACCCUGAGGGGAAGAGCCACGGCCCCAUCCUUGCCCUCAGGCCUUGGACCCUGCACGGGUGGGCGGCAGGGAAGGGGUUAUCGCCGCGGCCCCACGCCGCUCUGCGUCCCUCCCCACGCCAUACCCUGCCUCCUCCCAGCCCCUCUGGCACUUUGCGCCGGCCGAGGUCGCGGCCGGAUCCCUGCCAGCCCCUGGGGGAGCAGCUCGCAAAGGAGGUGCUUUUGCUGGGUAAAGGUUUCGGUUGGGUUUGUUUUGUCGUCGGCGGGAGAUAAGUGGUGCUCAGCGCUCCGUGUUUGUGCUGGGUUUGGGGGAUUACUGCGUCCCGGCCGUGUCCUUCGGCUGCUUUGCUCCGCGGCGGGACUGGGCAGCGCUGUGUGCCAGGAUCGGGAGGUAUUUGGGGUGUCUGUGGUAUUUGGGGUGCUCUCUGGGGCUGCUUCUUUGCACCCUUCCACCAGUGCAAAGAGUGCAGGGCUGGCGAUGUGGUGAUGCUCCUCUCCAUGCUCACUCAUCCGCACCUUGCACCUCGAUAA